AUGUUCCAGGACAGCAAGGCCGAGGAGAAUGGCUCGGACAGCUUCGUGCACUCCAUGGACCCACAGCUGGAGCAGCAAAUGGAAAUCACCCAGAACCUGGUGGACUCCUACAUGGCCAUUGUCAACAAGACUGCGUGGGACCUCAUGACCAAGGAGUUCAUCUUCUCAGAGCUGCUGUCCAACUUGUACUCACGUGGGGACCAGAACACACUGAGGGAGGAGUUGACAGAGCAGACACAGCGGCGCAACGAGAUGCUGCGCAUGCACCACGUGCUGAAGGAGGCGCUCGGCAUCGUCGGUGACAUCAACGCGACCACCGUCAGCACGACCCCCAGGGCCUGUGGACGACUCCUGGCUUCAGGUGCAGAGCGUCUUUGCCGGAUGAAGGAACGAGGGCUGGCCCCCACCCCCCAUGGCUGA